AAGCACUGUUUGAUCUGCGCUCUUCAUGACAUCCUUAAGGUUUUUAGAGAAGCCUGAUUGAUUUUUACGGAUAAAAAUUUUUGUCUUGGGGAGUGCAUAUUUUACCAAGUGUCCAAUGUCUGGUUGCUAGCGGGUCUAACUUCCGCUUAAACCGGAAAUUUGCAAUGUUCGUGGAAACGAGGCUAUCAAACAGGAAAUGGUGCAUUGACAUUUGAAAAGUUUAGAGGGAGACAGUUAGAUUAAUGUCUUACUACAGGGAUUGUUGUUAUUAAAGAGGGACAAGAGAGCAAGCAUGGAGAGUAAAAAGGGAAGAAGAAGAUUGAAGAAAAGGAGAACGAGUGUGAAUCUCGAAAGACAGAGGACCAACCUCACGGAACAGGACAAAAAACAAGAUCAAGAGAACAUGGAAGUGGAACCAUCAGUGACAAAUGUGUCUAAACUGUCCACAUAUACCACACUUAAAGCAAACAACAAAGCCCUGGCGGCAGCUCUUGAGGAUGCCCAGCAAGAACUUUGCCUUGUUCAGCGUGAAAAUGUCCAGCUUAAAAAGAAAAUCUAUAACAGUCAUUUAGAAUUUGUGGAGAAAACAAAAGUGUUAGAACAACAAUUGAAUUCCCAUGAGAAGAUCUCAGAAAAUGAUUUUGCAUCAAAAGCAGAGGCUGGAAUUAAAGAAGUCCAUAAUCUCCUGAACCAGACAUGUGGCAAGUUUGUUCAAGGUUCAAACUUUUUGUCAGAAGCCCUUCAUCUUCUUAGCUCUCUCCUUGCUCCAGCUGAAGGACACAAGCAUGAAACUAUUCAUGUAGUAUCAAACAGUGUGUCUCCUUAUAUGGACCCUGUCUCAAACUGUGUGUGUACCACUCCUCCACCAGAUGAACCAUCAGCAAUGGAGAUCACAGAUAUACAAUCAACCAUUAUUGAGAACAAUGAGGUUUUCAUGAAAAACUUGGACAGAGGAAUUCUGAGUAACAUGGUGGACCAAAAUGAAACAAGGAAGGAAUCCAGCCAGCCUCAGCCUGCUAGAUGCCACAUGAAGAGAAAAAGUACCACAGGUGUCAGUUAUGUAGAGCCAGGACUUCGCAGCAAAUUGCGUAGAGGAGACCCUUUUACUGACAGCAGAUUGUUUGGUGAUGCAAUCCAAAUAAACACAACACGAAAAAAAAAGAGAAGUUUGACAAAAGGAACCACGACUCUACCUAUCAUGGGAAAAACAAAAAAACGUGCUCCCUUGGCAAAUCUAACAAACAUCAUCGUUGAAGAAAUCUGAAAAAAUCCCGAGAACUUCCCAUGCAUGAACUCAUUGGAGUCAAAGGAAUCUGGCUGGCCAUGAAGAAACGAAAAACAAACAAUGUACCCACAACUGAGUUAUUACUUAGAGUAUUUAUUUACAAGUGGAUAAAGUCUUGUACGUAGAGGAGGUUUUUGUUGUGAAAUAUCGACCUUUUAAUGUGUUUGUCGAUUAAAUUUAUUUAUUUA